UCAUCCCCGUUCCCCACAAUCAAUGUUUUUCUUUCUUCUUCUUCUUCUUCUUCAGUAGAGGAGGUCUCUUUCUUCUUUUCCUUUUGGUCUCUGCAAAUUCGAAGAAAUAUAAAUUUACACGAUCUCUUAAUACGCACGCAACUGAAAUUUCCAAAAGGAGAACGGGGAAAUGGGGGUUCCUCUGGCGAUGGAAACCCUAAGUGAAAGAUCAGCUUUCAUGAGAGAAUCUUUACAAAAGAGUCAAACGAUUACAGACAAUAUGGUCUCAAUUCUUGGUUCUUUUGAUCAUCGUUUAUCUGCCCUUGAAACUGCUAUGCGUCCUACUCAGAUAAGAACACAUUCUAUAAGAAGAGCUCAUGAGAAUAUCGAUAAAACGUUGAAAGCUGCAGAGGUUAUACUUGCGCAAUUUGACCUUUCUCGCCAGGCAGAGGCUAAAAUUCUCAGAGGGCCUCAUGAAGAUCUGGAGAGUUACCUAGAAGCAGUUGAUCAACUGAGAAGCAAUAUAAAAUUCUUCAGUGGCAACAAAAGCUUUAAGAGUAGUGAUGGGGUGCUUAACCAUGCCAACAAUUUACUUGCUAAAGCUAUCUUGAAACUGGAAGAGGAGUUCAAGCAGCUCUUGAUGUCUUACAGCAAACCUGUGGAACCCGAUCGUCUUUUUGAUUGCCUCCCCACUUCUGCGCGCCAUCCUCCUCAAUCCCCUGGACAAAAUGAUGACCAGGGUGGCAAAACUAACCAAUCUGACCCCAGUUUAGAGAAUGCUGUAUAUACACCUCCUGCUCUUAUUCCACCAAGGAUUCUGCCUUUGCUGCACGACUUGGCACAGCAAAUGGUUCAGGCUGGAUACCAGCAACAGUUGCUUAAAAUUUACAGGGAUACCCGUGCUACAGUUUUGGAAAUGAGCCUUCGAAAGCUUGGUGUUGAAAAGCUCAGUAAAGAUGAUGUACAGAAGAUGCAAUGGGAGGUUUUGGAGGCCAAGAUUGGGAACUGGAUUCAUUUCAUGAGAAUCGCUGUUAAAACGUUAUUUGCCGGAGAACGUAAAAUUUCUGAUCAAAUAUUUGAAGGCAUGGACUCACUCAGGACCGCUUGUUUUGCUGAAGUUACCAAAGAAAGUGUAGCUAUGCUCCUGAGUUUUGGAGAGGCUAUUGCCAAAAGUAAGAGGUCACCUGAGAAAUUGUUUGUACUUCUUGACAUGUACGAGAUAAUGCGGGAACUCCAGUCAGAGAUUGAAACUAUCUUUGAAGGUAAAGCUUGCACUGAGAUGCGGGAAUCAGCUUUAAGUUUGACUAAGAGGCUUGCACAGACAGCCCAGGAGACCUUUGGAGAUUUCGAAGAAGCAGUUGAGAAAGAUGCAACGAAGACUGCUGUUCUUGACGGAACUGUCCAUCCUUUGACGAGUUAUGUAAUUAACUACGUCAAGUUUCUGUUCGACUAUCAAUCAACAUUAAAGCAACUUUUCCGGGAGUUUGACAGCGAUGAAUCCAAUAACCAGUUGGCUUCUGUGACAAUUCGAAUCAUGCAGGCUCUUCAGACUAACCUAGACGGAAAAUCUAAGCAGUACAAGGAUCCAGCUUUGACUCAGUUAUUUCUUAUGAACAAUAUUCACUAUAUGGUCAGAUCUGUCCGAAGGUCAGAAGCAAAGGAUUUGUUAGGGGACGAUUGGGUGCAAAUACACCGAAGAAUUGUCCAACAACACGCAAAUCAAUAUAAGAGGGUCGCUUGGGGAAAGAUUUUGCAGUCUCUCUCUGCCCAGGGUAUGACAUCAUCUGGGGGAAGUGGUGGAAUGGGAGGUGAUGGUGGAGGAAGUAGUAGCGGGGUUUCAAGAGCUGUGGUGAAAGACAAGUUCAAGGCAUUCAACUUGCAGUUUGAGGAGCUUCAUCUCAGACAAUCUCAAUGGACGGUGCCUGACAGCGAGUUGAGGGAAUCACUGAGGCUGGCAGUUGCAGAAGUCUUGUUACCUGCAUAUAGAUCUUUCAUUAAACGUUUUGGACCUCUCAUCGAGAGUGGGAAGAACCCUCAAAAGUACAUCAGGUACACCCCAGAGGAUCUUGACCGCAUGCUUGGUGAAUUCUUCGAAGGCAAGACAUGGAGUGAACCUAAAAGAUAGAUCUUUUCUUUUUUUCUUUUUUUUGUCACCCCUGUUUUGUAUAUGGCUGACUUUUUGUAAUUGACAGAAGGUUGUGAUUCAUUUUAAGAUUAAAAAUAAUAAUAAUAACAAUACAUAGGGAUAGAGUUGCUGUGUCUAUUUCCGCUGGCCCAUGAUGUGUAUCUCUUUUGCAUCUAAUGAUAUCUCACCCGUCAUUUACA